AUGGCAAUCCAUGGAAAGGUGUACGAUGUAAGAGAACUGGUGACAGCAUUCGUUCCAAUUCAUCCAGGCGGCCAAGCUAUUCUCCUGAGGAACGCUGGUCAAGACGCUACCGCUUCCUUUGACUCAGUACAUCCUAUAGAGAUACUGGACGAAUACGUCGAAUCGGUGCAGAUCAUGGGUGCCUUAUUGGCGAAACACUCAUCAGCCGACAUGCCUCCUGACAGCGCAUCAAAGUCUCGUCAACAUGCUGGUAAUGAAGAAGACCUGGCAACUUUGGUGCCUCUCGAACAAAUGCUCAGCCUCCCAGAGAUGGAGGCAAGCGCGCUCCGCCAACUCAGCCCGAAAGCUGUCUCAUACUACGCCUCAGGCACAGAUGAUGAGCUUACCAUGAGACACAACAGCGCCAUCUUCAGAUCCAUCUCCUUGCGUCCACGGGUCUUUGUGGACUGCACGUCCUGCGAUCUUUCCACAAUGAUUCUAGGCGAGAGCGUUGGCCUGCCAAUCUUCGUAUCACCUGCGGCUAUGGCGAAGCUAGCCCACCCCUCUGGCGAACGAGGCAUCGCAGCUGCAUGCUCCACCUUCAAUGCCCUGCAAAUUAUAAGCAAGAACGCGUCGAUAUCGGUCCCUUCAAUCGUCGGCGCUGGUGCUCAAUCUGUCUAUGCCUGGCAACUAUACGUCUUGAAGGACAUCUCGGCAACGGAAAGAACUCUUGCGCAAAUAAGAGCAAUCCCUCAGAUCAGGUUUAUCGUCUUGACUCUCGAUGCCCCGUUCCCAGGGAAAAGAGAAGCGGACGUCCGUUUCAAGAUGGGGGAGAUGGCAGGAUCUUCCCCUCCACAAGUAUGGGGGACAGAGGGUAGCCUCACUUGGCGAAGGACUCUGAAGUGGCUGUCAACCCAGACAAGUCUUCCAAUUGUACUAAAAGGCAUCCAGUGCCAUGAGGAUGCGUAUGCAGCCACGAAGUUCCCCUCGGUUAAGGGCAUUAUCUUGUCAAAUCACGGCGGCAGGGCACUUGACACUGCCCCGAGUCCAGUGCAGGUACUCUUGGAGAUUAGAAAGUUCUGUCCGCAAGUACUCGACAAGGUGGAAGUCAUGAUUGACGGCGGUAUUCGGCGUGGCACCGAUGUCGUAAAGGCUCUUGCGCUCGGCGCAAAGGCUGUCGGCAUCGGGAGGGCGGCGCUAUACGGCCUCGCUCUAGCGGGCCAGGCGGGAGUUGAAAGGACGCUGGAAAGUAGGUGUCUUCACUUAAGUGGCUUGUCUAUGAGGCAAGAGAAGCUGACAUGCGCACAAUCAGUACUGGCUGAAGAGACCAUGACCGCUAUGCGGUUGCUCGGCGUGAACCGCGUCUCUGAACUUGGGCCAAGACAUGUGCGAUAA